CGAUGAAUGCCGAAAGAGUCAAUCAUUGUGAAUCAGAAACGGCAACGGCGUGGAUCAAGCCAUCAAGUGGGUGUUGAGUAGUGAUUAUACAGUUCAACCGAGGCAAAUUGUGUGAUGUUCACGGAGAGGUUGGGCAGUAAGUAAGCAUUGCGGGGCUUCAGCAUUGAUGUCAGCGGGAAAUCAUGGGGAUUGGUUUGACAUAAGCCCAACGACGAUAUGAAACGGCCAGUGUGGCUGAGAGCGGGAUACGAGUACAGUAAAUGGUGCUUGUUUAUUUUUGUUGUUGAUAUAAACAGCAUUUCCCUCGCUUAGUUGGUCGGUCAAUCAAUCAGUCAGUCAGUCAGUCAGCAUUCUUGCGGGAUAAGUAAAAAGAUCCAUUCGCAGCUAAAUACUUUCCUGUUUGUCUACCCUGUUGUGUUUUCCUUGCAGCAAGCCAACAACAAUCAGCAAAACCACCCAGACUGAACCAAAGCAAACCAAACCAUCAAAGCAUCAAUCAACAAUCAUCUCACCUACGACAACUUGGAAAGAGAAAAGGAAAACCAUGGCGUCCACGGUUCCCUCCCCAGAACCCGCUUCUCCUCCUCCUCCUGCUGCUGCUGCUGCUGCUGCUGCUGCUGCUCCAAAACCAUCCUCAUUAAAAUCACCCUGGACACCACCCCCCCUCUCAUCCCACAACACAGCCCUCGCCAUAAUUCCCCCUCCCCAUCUCUGGGCCCCGAUCAAUGCCCUUCGCUCCCUCUACGACAAAGCAUACACUAAAUGGCCACCUCACAUCAACCUCGUCUACCCCUUUGUCGAGCCAGAAGAUCUGCAAGAUACAAUGGAGUUGGCUCCGAGGGGGGUUCUUGAGGGGAGGAGGAAAAGAAAUGAGGCAAGGGGUAUAAAGCUGGAUGAGGGGGCGCAGGCAUGGACGGUGGGGGGGCCUGAUGGGAAGCAGCAGCAGUUCGGACGAUGCCACCCAGGAGGAGGAGGAGGAGGAGGUGGGGGGCCGGUUGUGUUUGAGGAGGAGGAUAAAGUGAGGGUGAGGUUGGAUGGGGUGGGGGUUUUUGAGCACAGGAAGAAGCAUAAUACGAUAUAUCGGUGUGACGAAACUAACCUCACAAGCACGUCGUCGUCGUUGUCAAGACUGAGAGCGGAAAUACUUGGGGAAUUGGGAUACCACCAGCAGGUUGAAGGCGAAUACAAACCGCACAUGACAAUUGCCCAGUCUGAAGACAGCCGAUCCUCAGCACACAAGUUCCUGGUGGAAAAAGUGGGAUUGCUGCCGACGGUGGAGUGGGAGGUUGAGCAGGUUUGGGUGUUGGUUAGGGAUCAGAGCGAUGGUCCUAGUAAGGGGAAGAUGAAGGUUUGGGGCACGAUAAACUUGGGGGAGGAGGUGGGAUGUUCGAUACAUGAGAAUCCGGUUGAUUGGGAGGAGGCUUUGAAAAUGGAUGCGGGGUGGGAGGGGGAGGAGAGGGAUGUGGAGGAGAUGCAGAGGAAUUGGAGGUUUGAUGAGGAGAGGGGGGUUUGGGUGAGGGAUGAUGCUGGGAAGGGAGAGGAAGAGACAAAGACGCCAGAAUUGCUAAGCAUAGCAUCCUGGAACGUCCUUGCUGAUUUCGAGCACUCCUCUUCUUCAUCCAACGAUCAAGAAGCUCGAUACCGCCUCAUCCUCCGCAACCUCCUAUCUCCUAGCGCCAAAGCAGAUAUUCUUCUCCUUCAAGAAGUCACAGACUCUUUCCUUUGUUUCAUUCUCUCCCCCUCCAACACAUCUCCCGAAUCCCAGGCCUUACGACACCUCUACCCUUACGUCUCCCACCCCCCUCCCUCUCAACCCGAUGCAUCUCCCCUCCCCAACUUUCUCAACCAAGUUAUCUUGUCCAAACACCCCUUCUCCUGGUCUUGGCUCCCUUUUGCUAGGAAGCACAAAGGCUCUGUCAUUGCCCGGUUUCCUACCAUCCACGGAAGCAAUCCUGGUCAGCCCCUCGUGCUGGCAGCGGUUCAUUUGAGUCAUGGACUGACGGACAUGACUGUAGCUGCCAAGAAGGGAGAGAUGCAGCGGGUAAUUGGGCAUCUGAAGGAGAAAUUUCCGGAGAAUCCGUGGGUGGUUGCCGGGGACUUCAAUCUGACAUCUUCAAGCUGGACUGUUGAGCAAGCUGUGAAAGCUGGGAAGAUUUCCCGGGAAACCAUGGCGACACUGAAUAGUGUCGAAAGGAUGUGGAAGGAGGAAGAGGGCCUAGGGGUGGAAGACGCUUGGGUGGUAGGUCGUGCUGCUUUGGGAGAGGGAUGGACUCAAGAAGAGGAGGACAUCAUGGACGACAGGGACGAGGAAGGAGAGGAUAAUAUGUUGUUUUCCGGCGAGCAAGGAGCUACCUACGAUCCGACCAGGAAUGAUGUCGCAGCCAAGGUGGUGGGUAGUGGAGGGAAUAUGCGGCCGCAGAGGUAUGAUCGGAUUUUGGUCAGGGGUCAACAGGUGUUGAGGAUCGGGAGGUUCAAUCGGUUUGGAUUCCUCAAGAGUGAUCAGGAGAAAGGACAGGGUCAUGAGAUGGGGCAGUAUGGGAGUGAUCAUUGGGGGGUGAGGUGUCUUUUAAAGAUUGUUCAGCAGGAUACCACUGAGCAGACUGAGAAGGCGGCUGAGGAAAAGAGCGGUGCCACUACGUUAGAAACGUCUAUCAAGCUGGUUACACCACUCGACGGCCCUCUCUCCGAGCCAGGAUCGCUGAAAGAGGCCAUGGCUGAGCUCAACAUCCUUCCUUCCCAGGAAGAGACAGACAAGCGCAAAGCAGCUUUCCAAGCCCUCAAGGCCAUCCUCCUUGACACACCUCCCCCGAGUCAGUCUCCCCAGCCACCAACCACCGAUCUUACUACCACCUCCGAGACCCAACCCCGAUCCAACCAGCCGCCCUUGAUCAUAACCCCUGUCGGUUCCUUCGCUCUCGGAGUUCACACCUCCUCCUCUGACAUCGACGUCCUAGCCAUCGGUCCCUUCUCCACCACCACCUUCUUCUCCCUCGCCAUCCAACGUCUCCGGCGCGCCUCCUCUUCCCCGCUCUACUCUCAGGAACACCAACCCAAAAUCCUCCGCCGCAUCUCUUCCUCAACCGGCACCAUGCUCGAACUCUCCCUCUGCCAAAUCAAAUUCGACCUGCAAUACUGUCCCGCGGCACACAUUGCCUCGCACUGGCCUCGCAUCUUAUCAACAGCCCCGCCUGGAAACGCCGUCUGGUCUUUGCCAGCGCUGACGCUGACGAAACUGAAAGCGGCCAGGGAUCUGGAUUAUUUGCGGCGGACGGUGCCUGACUUGGCAGUGUUUAGGCAAGCCCAUAGAGCUGUGAGGAGCUGGGCGAAAGGUAGGGGGGUGUAUGCCCAGCGGUUUGGGUAUUUGGGAGGGAUACAGAUCUCGGUCAUGUUGGCAAGGGUAUAUAAAGCUCUUGCGCUUGGGGCUGGGGGAGUUAGUGGUGUUGGGGUGGAGGAGUUGGUGGCGAGUUUCUUUGAAGAGUAUGCUCAGUUUGAUUGGGAGAAGGAUAUGGUGUAUGAUGAGGUUUGUCCUUGGUUGAGGCUGAAGCGGGAAAAAGGAGGGGAGAAGGAGGUGUAUAGACGAACGGGGAGGGAGGCGAUGGUUGUGCUUGGGUGGUUUGGACCGGGACUGAACACUAGCGGGCAGGCGAGUGUUUGGAGUGUUAGGACGCUGAAGGACGAGUUUAAGCGGGCGAGGGACUUGUUGGUGAAGGGAGAAGUGAAGAGCUGGAAGGAGUUUUUAAAGGGAAGUGGUGCAGAGGAGUUCUUGACGGGGUACAAGAGCUAUGUCAAGGUUGAUGUGCAGUAUUGGGGAUUGUCGUCGUCGAAGGGUGCGCAGUUUGUGGGCUGGUUGGAGAGUCGGUGCGUGAUGCUCCUUGUUGAUCUUCAUAGGAGGGCACCCGGGGUGUAUGUCAGGAUGUGGCCUGGACGCUUUGUCGAGGCCGACACUGCCUCUCAACAAGCCGAAAAUGAUGAGCAGACGGCCACCGAAGGAACCGGACCCCGCGACUACCAAGCCUCCUACCUCCUGGGCCUCGACGCCGAUACCACUACCAGCAAAGAAGACCUCAAACUCGCGCUUGGCGCCAUCCAAACCGCGCUUCAACGCUUUGAGGAAGCCAUCCGGUCAGACGAGAAGUAUUUUGAUGCCUCGAGCAGCUGGAUGAGCGCCAGCAUAGUGAAACGCUCCGAACUGCGCAACCUCCAACUCGACACUCGCAACGACUGGGUAGGCGAGUACACUCCUGGCGAAGACGAGUCAGACUCUGACCCUGAGGAUGACGACGAGGAAGACGCUUCAUUGCUUGAGGACCUCGACGACACCGCUCCGAAGAAGAAAAAGGGCAAAAACAAGAAACCGAUAGAGGAGACGCAGCAACCAAGACUGGAACCAGGCCCGAAGCUUCGCUCGGCAGGGGACGUGAUGAACAGACUACGCUGGGACUCGGCCAUCGACAGUUCUGACUACGUGGUUGGUUACGAGGAUCGGUUCCUAGGAGUGAAGGAGAGAGCACUGGAUAUGUGGAAGACGGAGCAGACGGAUGAGGAAUUCAUCCCGCAGCAUCGCAUUGUGUAUUUCAAGAGGAGGAGUGAUGGACAGGUGGUGUGGGAUCGGAAGACGAAGAAGGAUGAGGUUUUUGGGAGUGGGUUGUAGAUGGAUGUAUUCGAAGAUGUAGUGUUGUAGAUUUCCAACCUGCAGUAUCAUUUGUGUUUCAAGAGGAGUCCGGUGAACAUACAUGACAUGCUAGC